AUGUCGUCAUACAAUGUUACGUCCGUGAAAUCAUUCAUGGAGGCCAUGCUGCCGAUGAUCCAAGAAUUGUCCAGACUACCACUCCAGCAGCCAGACGCCAAAUUGGGCAACAAACUUGGCAAAUUCGACUCAGAACCAGCCAGGAUCACACCUAUGGAUAGCAUAAUUGGCAGGUUCAAGGACGUCACGAUCGAAUCGGUGAACCACCUUACAAAUACUAGCCAGUCGUCGCAUGAUGUGCUCGUGUCUCAAAUUGAAAAAGACUGCGCCAGGAUAAGUCGAGGUCGUCGUCAUGAUGAGCUGGAAAUGUUUACGUUGGUAAAGACGCUAGUGGAGGACUCCCAGAGUGACGAGCAGCUCCAGUCGUCGCUAUUCGAUAUCUUGGGGUUUGAAGAGUUUGAGCUCAUUUCGAAAAUAGUGCAGAAUAAACUGGCAUUGGCAACCUACCAUGCCCAAGUCAGCUCGUUGUUGACUGCGGAAGAACGAGCGCAAAUAUUGGUUGACAACCACAACCGAACAAAGAACCAGGCCAUUUUGCCGAAAAAUUUCGGCAACAGCCAAAAAUACCCGCAUGUAUACAAGAAGCAAGACACAGUGAAUCUUGCUAGUGUCACUGGUGGCAAGUUUAGCUUGCCCAAAGGUAGUACACGACAAUCGUAUGCUACCCACGAAGAACUCAUAAUUCCAUACCCUGAUGAGUCACCAAACAAAUGGAUCAAGGGAAAUCAGCUAGUCAAAGUCAAAGAGUUGGAUUUCUUGUGUCGCGGAACAUUCAAAAAUUACACUAGUUUAAACAAGAUGCAAAGCUUGGUUUACCCCGUGGCAUACGACACUAACGAAAACAUGUUGGUUUGUGCGCCCACCGGUGCAGGCAAGACGGAUGUGGCGCUCUUGACCAUCUUGCAUACGAUUCACCAAUUUGUCACCGAGACCGUGGGCGAAGAUGGCGACGUUGCCGUGGAUAUAGACUACGAUGAGUUUAAAAUCAUCUAUGUGGCACCACUCAAGGCAUUGGCCGCGGAGAUUGUCGAGAAGUACGCCAAAAAGUUGGCGUGGUUGGGCAUCCACGUGCGGGAGUUGACUGGUGACAUGCAAUUGACGCGACUGGAAAUCAUGAGCACCCAAGUUAUAGUGACCACACCUGAAAAGUGGGAUGUUGUGACGAGAAAACUGAAUGGCGAUAGCGAGCUUGUGGCCAAGGUAAAGUUGUUGAUCAUUGACGAAGUGCACCUCUUGCACGAAGACCGUGGUUCCGUUAUCGAGACCUUGGUUGCUCGUACGCUUCGACAAGUGGAGAGCACCCAGCUGAUGAUCCGAGUCGUUGGUUUAUCGGCAACGUUGCCAAAUUACAUGGACGUGGCCGAUUUCUUGGGGGUCAAUCGGCAAGUGGGCAUGUUUUACUUUGACCAAUCGUUUCGACCCAUCCCGUUGCAGCAGCAAGUUAUGGGUGUUCGCGGCAAAGCGGGUUCAAAAUUGGCCAGGGAAAACUUGAACAAGAUAUCGUACGAGAAACUAGCCGAGUAUGUCAACCAGGGCUUACAAGUGAUGGUAUUUGUCCAUGCUCGUAAGGAGACGGUCAACACCGCCCGGAAUUUUAUCCAAAUGGCACAAGAGCACAACGAAAUGGACCUUUUUGAUUGCUCAGAAAAUGACUCUUAUGAGAAAUACAAAAGAGAGGCAGCUCAAAAGCAUCGAUCAAAAGAGUUGCGAGAGUUGUUUCCCUACGGGUUUGGCACGCAUCACGCCGGUAUGCUUCGAAGCGAUCGUAACUUGACCGAAAAGAUGUUUGAGAGUGGUGCCAUCAAGGUGUUGUGUUGUACUUCCACCUUGGCCUGGGGUGUCAACUUACCGGCAGCGGUGGUGAUCAUCAAGGGCACCCAAGUCUACAACUCCAAGGAAGGUGGAUUUGCAGACUUGGGCAUUUCGGACGUUAUCCAGAUCUUUGGCCGUGCUGGUAGACCGCAGUUUGAGAAAUUCGGUAUUGGUAUCUUGUGCACCACCAGCGACAAGAUGGACAGUUACAUUUCCUUGUUGACGCAGCAGCACCCCAUCGAGUCCAAACUCCGAGAGAAAAUCACCGAUAACUUGAACGCAGAAAUCUCGCUCGGCACAGUGACCAAUGUUGACGAAGGUGUGCAGUGGCUCGGCUACACUUAUAUGGUGACCAGAAUGAAAAAGAACCCGUUUGCUUACGCCUUGUCGUGGCAAGAAUUGCAAGAGGACCCACUUUUGAUCAACAAGAGGCGAGAAAUGAUUAUCGCCUCGGCCAAGAGAUUACACAAUUUGCAAAUGAUCAUAUACGAUGAAGAAACUGCCGCAUUCACACCAAAAGAUUUGGGGAGAAUCGCCUCGGAUUUCUAUUUACUAAGCAACUCGGUUGAGAUUUUCAAUCAGAUGUUCAACCCGCUCGCCACUGAAGCAGACGUGCUUUCGAUGAUUAGCACCAGUAGUGAAUUCGACAGCAUCAAAUUCCGCGAAGAAGAAGCCAAGGAGUUGAAAAUGUUGAUGGAAGAAGACUCGCCAUGCCAGAUUGCAGCUGAAGUCGAGUCGCCGCAGGGAAAGACAAACAUCUUGCUACAGGCGUUUAUCUCGCAGGCAGUGAUCAAAGAGUCGGCCUUGAUUUCAGACUCAAACUACGUGGCUCAAAACUCCGCUAGAAUCUGCAGAGCAUUGUUUCUCGUGGCGAUGAAUCGAAGAUGGGGUAAAGUAAUGGAUGUUAUGUUGUCCAUGUGCAAAUCCAUCGACAAGAGGAUCUGGUCAUUCGAGCAUCCAAUGUGCCAAUUUGACUUGCCCGAGUCUGUGUUGAGAAACAUUAAAAGCAAAAAUCCCUCCAUGGAGAUGUUGCGCGACAUGGAACCGGGUGACUUGGGCGAGUUUGUCAAUAACAAGCUGAUGGGCUCGACCUUGUACAAAUUGGUGGGCAAAUUUCCCUAUAUCGAAAUUUAUUCGGAGAUUUUCCCCAUCACCACCAACGUGAUGCGAGUGCAUGUUGAGCUUGUGCCGGACUUUAUCUGGGAUGAACGGUACCAUGGCCAUGCGCAGAUCUUUUGGCUCACAGUUGAGGAAUCCGAUAAGCUGAACGUGUUGCAUGUUGAGAAAUUCAUCUUGAGCAAGAGACAAGCCGUCAACAGUAAUAGUGGAAACAAUGCACACGAGAUGAACUUUAUGAUCCCGCUAUCUGAUCCAUUACCGCCGCAGGUUGUCAUCAAGGUCGUCUCGGAUAUAUGGAUUGGAGCGGAAACGGUGCACCCAGUAUCGUUCCAGCAUCUCAUCAGACCGCAGAACGAAACCAUCAAAACUGAACUUUUGCGGUUGCUGCCCUUGCCGGUGACGGCGUUGCACAACAAAGAAAUUGAACACAUCUACUCCUCCAGAUUCAAGUAUUUCAACCCGAUGCAGACCAUGGUGUUCCACAGCUUGUACAACACCAACGAGUCUGCGUUUGUUGGCUCACCAACGGGUUCAGGCAAGACCGUUGUGGCUGAAUUAGCAAUCUGGCACGCGUUCAACGAGUUCCCCGGCUCCAAAAUCGUCUACAUUGCGCCGAUGAAGGCGCUUGUGCGUGAAAGGGUCGACGACUGGAAGAAGCGUAUAUGUGGUGGCAGCACCAAGCAUAAACUCGUCGAGUUGACAGGUGACUCUUUACCAAGCACUGCUGAGGUGAAAGAAGCAGACAUUAUCAUCACCACACCGGAAAAGUUUGAUGGUAUAUCACGUAAUUGGCAAACGAGAAAAUUCGUGCAGCAAGUCUCGCUAGUAAUUAUGGAUGAGAUCCAUCUUUUGGCCAGUGACCGUGGUCCCAUUUUGGAAAUGAUUGUGAGUCGUAUGAACUAUAUCGGAUCGCGACUCAAGAGACCCGUGCGGUUGUUGGGCAUGUCAACCGCGGUAUCCAACGCGUUCGACAUGGCAGGCUGGCUUGGUGUUAAGCUGGCGUUGUUCAACUUUCCGCAAUCGGUGAGACCAGUUCCCUUGCAGAUGUAUAUUGAUGGGUUCCCCGAUAACCUUGCAUUUUGCCCCUUGAUGAAAACUAUGAACAAGCCGGCGUUUAUGGCUAUAAAGCAGCAUUCGCCCGAGAAACCCGUGUUGAUAUUCGUUGCAUCGCGUCGUCAAACACGGUUGACUGCGUUGGACUUGAUCCACUUGUGCGGCAUGGAAAGCAACCCUAGGAGAUUCCUAAAAAUGGACGAAAUUGAAUUGCAGGAGAUUUUGGAAAAGGUCAAAGAUGACACCUUGAGAUUAUCCUUGCAGUUUGGAAUGGGUUUACAUCAUGCCGGACUCGUCGAAUCCGAUCGUCAAAUCUCGCACAAGUUGUUUGAGGCAGGCAAGAUCCAGAUUUUGGUGGCCACCUCGACCUUGGCCUGGGGUGUGAAUUUGCCUGCCCAUUUGGUGAUUAUCAAGGGCACGCAGUUUUUCGAUGCCAAGAUUGAAGGGUAUCGAGACAUGGACUUGACCGACAUCUUGCAAAUGAUGGGCCGGGCGGGACGUCCCGCAUUUGACACGAGUGGUAUCGCGAUAGUGUACACCAAGGAAUCCAAAAAGAUUUUCUAUAAACAUUUUUUGAAUCUCGGGUUCCCAGUCGAGUCCUCCUUGCACAAGGUGUUGGACAAUCACAUUGGUGCCGAGAUUUCAGCGGGCACUAUAACAACGAGGGAAGAAGCCAUGGAUUUCUUGACUUGGACGUUUCUAUUCCGCAGGGCGCACAACAACCCUGCAUACUACGGAAUCGACGACGUGUCCCAGUAUGGUAUAUCAAAGUAUUUGGCGGGACUCAUUGACCUGACAAUAGACAAUUUGGUUGACUCCAAGUGUUUAACAACCGCGGGCGCCAAUGCAUUGUACGCUACCCCCUUUUUGCACAUUUCCUCGUAUUAUUAUCUUUCCCACAUGACGAUGCGGAACUUUGUCAAGAAGGUGAAGCCAGAUUUGGAUUUCAGACACUGUCUCAUGUUGCUUUGCGAAGCUGCCGAGUAUGACGAAUUAGCCACUCGACAUGGAGAAGAGUUGAUCAAUGCCGAAAUGUCGAUGGCGAUGCGGUACCCUGCCGAGGAUCUAGAGCGCGAGUUCAUCUGGGACCCCCACGUCAAGGCGUAUUUGUUGAUUCAAGCAUUCAUGAGUCGGGUCGAGCUACCAAUAGCUGAUUACUCACAGGAUACCGUUUCAGUGUUGGAUCAAGCUUUGCGUAUCUUGCAAGCUUACAUCGACGCUGCUGCCGAGUUGGGCUAUUUGCAAGCGGUGAUCAACUUGAUUGAGUUGAUGCAGUGCAUUAAGCAGCGGUACUGGUACGACGAUGACCCAGUGACGGCACUUCCUGGAUUGAAAUUGCUGCCCAAGAAUGACGAUAAGGGAAAGAAGAACAAGAAGACGACAAGUUUGGAUGAAUUGGGAAGGAUGAAACGCGGACAAAUGUUUAACUUUGCUGAACGUGUUGGUGUGCGUGGAGAGAACAUUGAACUCAAGCAUGGAGAAAUGGUUCAUGUCGACGACGAAGAAGCACGCAGGCAAUUUGUCCGAGUCGCCUCGCAUAUACCUACUGGUAAUUUGCGCAUCAAACAAGACCAACUGGAUAAAUGCCGAGUUUCGCUCACCAACGGCAAUGCACCGUUGAACGACGAGUUCAAGUUGUAUUGCCCUUACUUUCCCAAGCCUCAGAGGGAAUCGUGGUUUGUGAUUGUGCAUGAUGGAACGGAGUUGGUGUUGCUCAAACGUGCCUCGCCAAGAUUUGUGCAGUCGAAGCGGAUAGUAGAGUGCGACUUGGACGUGACGGAGGACUUGUUCCACAAGAGGUACAACAUUGCGGUGGUCAACGAUGGCAUGGAUACACGAUACGACGGCGAAAUCGAGUUCUUAUAG